GGGAGGAGUUUUACGAGACGUCUCCAUACGAGCCGAUCCACUUCUCUGAGGAAUUCAGACAUGCCUCCAUCAUCUCAGAUUCAUCCCUGACCAAGAUGAGCCCCUGCUCCGAGGCAGGGAAACCCUGUAACCCCUGUCUGGAUGCGGCGAAGGCUUGUAACCUUAACGAGACGUGUAAACGUCUCCGAUCUGCCUAUAACUCCAUCUGCAGCAAGACCACGCCCCCACAGCCCUCUGCGGGCUAUCAGGAGCCGUGUAGCAGGAAGCGAUGUCAGAAGGCCCUGCGACAGUUUUUCGAGCGGGUGUCAUGGGAGCUGAGCUACCCCCUGCUGUUCUGCUCGUGCCCGGACCAGGCGUGUGCUGAGCGUCGCCGUCGCACCAUUGUCCCGUCCUGCUCACACCAGGAGAGGCACAAAGCCAGCUGUCUGGAGCUGCGGCGCACCUGCCGCUCGGACGCCCUGUGCAGGUCUCGUCUCGCUGAUUUCCACAUGAACUGCCAGGUGACACCACACACCGUCACCACCUGCCCUCACGAUAACUACCACGGCUGCCUCAUGUCCUAUGUCGGCCUCAUUGGCUCGGAUGUAACGCCAAACUACAGCGACAGCAGCCCAUCCAACAUCACUAUGAGCCUGUGGUGCACCUGCAGGGGCACCGGCCACCAGGAGCACGAGUGUGAAGCUUUCCACCGCGAUUUCACACACAACACCUGCCUCAAAAAUGCCAUCCAGUCAUUUGGUUACAGCUCGGAGGGAGGGACUCUUUUCGUAACCGAGCCGUCAUCCACUUUCCUGCCCCCUGCCGGGCCUCCAGUCAUCGCCAAACCUGCUCCCUCUCUGCACGGAAAUGCAAUCAAACCCCUGGACAGUGCUUGUAUGUUUUCCACUUGUGCGAACCUGCAGGAUGGAGGACAGAAGUGCAUCCCCUCUGAUGACUUCGAGUGCGAGGAGGCUCUGUUGGCCCAGGGCUCGAUAGACUCUCAGGACUCUGCAGGGCCCAGAAGCAGCAGCCGGCCAUCAGCCCCACUCCUCCACCUCCUCCCUGUGACUGUGUGUGUGUCCAUCCUGCCAGCGUUCCUGUUCCACGUCUCAUAAAUGUGAACUAGCAUACACACAUACAUGCCCACACACACAUUUACACACACACACACACACACAUUUACACACAGACACACACACACACACACACACACUAAAUGUCAGCCAGCAGACGUCCAGCAUCAACAACUGCCUUUCAGAGGAGGAGGGAAGUUAUUCUGGAGGACGUUCGGAUUAGCCAGCUCUCUGCACCACACACACAGUGCACACACACCGUGAGAGGGUGUGUUGUGUGUUUGAGCGAGGGUGAGAAUGAGAGAGGCAGACACAGAGAGACUCCUGGGAUUUUCGAUCACAUUGACUUCGUUUCCAAAGCUCAGUGUCUGCAGAGUUUGUGUGCAGCCCGGCUCAGACUCACUGCCUCCAGCUUUCUGGGAUCCGAGACAGCUGGGCUCAGAAACACAGGGACUUUGGCUCAAGCUUGGAACUGCACACACACGCACACAAACACACACACAAACACGGAGAACAAGUCUUAAAGUUGGCAGCGCGAUGGUGAGAGAGACGACAGAGCUGGACAGAUGGGACGGAUCAUUCCUCUGUGUUUGUCAGCUCAAUUUAUCACUUCCCUGGACCUCUCUGGUGGCAAGAAAGCUAUACUGCAUACAUUCAAACGCACACGCUGUAACCCUCCCCUUAGACCUCGUUAGCGGGCAAACAGGGUCCCCACAAGGACACAAACACUCAUGCUGUACACCAGUGUGCUUUUCGCAGGUCUUUCUCUUCAUUUUGUUGUCAACAUUCUGUAAAAACUUCAUUUAAUGUGGAAUAUGAAAAAAGAGUGUAUAUUUCACAAAUGUAAGUGUAAAAUUGUGCGAGUGUGUGUGUGUGUGUGUGUGUUUGUGCAUGAGUGUCGGUGGCUGAAUGUGGAUGUACAGACAUGUGGAAGCAAACAAAGGAAGAAGGACUCAGCUGCAGGACACACAGCGAUGUGUGUGUACUCUCAACCAAACAAAAUUUGGGAGUUUUAGGUUUUUUCCUCCUCUUGUCUUGAUUGGUUGUAGGUGUAUUGCUAACAAAGCUACAGCUGUUAUCAUGGUAUUAGACCACCAAGCCCCUGUCAGUUUAACACAGUCACAGUUUAAAUGGGUGCUGCUGGUGCUGCAGUUACAGCAGGGCAGACAGUGGUGGUGGACACAGACCCACCAAAGUUGUAGAGAUCAGCGCGCUGAGACGGGGAACAAUGCUGUGACCGCUCACAAUCAGAUCCAACUUUGGAGCAACUUUGGAGCACCAACACAGCAAUACAGCCUGCAAUUAAAUGCAAGCUGUUCCUAAUAAUACGGCAAAAAAACAUGUUGGUGUCUUCAGUCACACAGUCCAGCCUGAACCUCGGUGGCCUGAAACAGAAAUUCCUCAAUAAAGAGUGACGUCGUUUCUGCACAACAGUGAUAAAUCUGCAGAACUGAUUUUUCUAUAAGGAUAGAACCAGAGACCUGCCCAUCGAGUCAUGUCUGCUACGCAAAGACGAGCCACUCUGUUCAGCACAGACGGACUCAGGUUAGAAAUGACAGUGAGAGUGACUGCAGUCUGGGGCGAAGCACAGUUGUUGGGUUGUGUCCCACCAGACUUCUUGUCAGUGCUUGCCGCUUCACUGCAUUUUUUCGAACCCAAACCAACGGGUUUUUGGAUCCCGUUGGUUUGGGUUAGGGGAACAAAUAAAAGUCUGUCCUUUGUGAUGAAAGUCGGACCUACAUUCACUUGCUCAUUAGAAGAUUUGGAGAUUUGAGUUGUACUUCUUCACACACGCAGCGGGCGGUUAAAAUAGGUGAUUAAGAGCAGAAUGGGCAGGGAAAAUGUUUACUCCCUGCUUACUCCCAGAGUCUCUGUUUUAUAGCUACUGAGCUUCCUCACACAGUUUCUGGAUGAUCACCAGCUAUGCUCGCACUAUCAGAAAAAGUGACUCCCACCACCCGUUACAGCUGCAGAGUUUCAGGCAGCUGGGUGGCAGCUGACACCUGACAUAUUCACAGCAGCUUUAUGUCUGCGGAGUUUCUGGUUUCAAAUGUACCGUCUCCAAGAUGCACCAAAGACUCAACUAUAUUCAUACCUGUAUGAAACCAUCCUCUGUCCUGGCAGCUCUUGGGGCUGUUGACAAAGACUCUUCAGUUCAGAGCAUAAAAGUUGUUUGUGUUCUUACGCUGCUUCUUAUCAUCAGCGGUUCAAAUACGAUCAUAUGAAGUGGUACCUGCUUCAGAGCCACCGUGUUUCUAAGUAGACCACAUUUCUUUUGGAUCUAUGUUUAGCUUCCAGACAUCGAGUGCACUUCUUUGGCACCAUGUUAGCAGGCGAUGCUAUCGGGCUGUCGUCACUUCCUCUGGUAGCGGCUUCAGUCACUUAGAAUGGAGAAAAGCUGAACUUAUCACUAGCUCACCUCGAGGAGCCUAAAAACACAAAAAACAUGUAAAACUGCUUCAACUAUCCAAGAGCAGUCGCCUCAGGGGUGUUUAUACUGUAAGACCCUGCAAUUAGACAGAAGCUCUCGGCAACAGUGGGGAAGAAAAACUCCCUUCUGAGAAAAUGAAAGUUCCAAGAGAACUAGGUGACUGAAAACAUCAAUAAUUCAAGGAAAGGAUUUGUCACUAGUGUUAGCGUGUUAAAGGGCAGGGUCACUGUUUCCAGCAGACUGGCUCAGGUUCUUCUGCAGUCAGCCCAAAAAAACACAUGUACAGCCUGAUACACAAACUGUUUGGUCUCUAUAGAUAAUUUCCCCUUCAUAAUCACUCUUUAUGAUUCACCUGUUUAAAUUGUAUUAAAGUUUACAUUAUUAGGGGCGUGGCUUCUGACUGACAGGUGGAUGGCAUACAGCUGUUUGUAACAUUUGGAUCACUUCCUCCUGCGUUUGCUUCCCUUAAUGUGUUUAAUAUGUGAGUGUGUGUGGGGUUCUCAGUGUGUACAGUACCUCUGGCCACUCUGUGGGGUAUUUUUUAUGUUUCAUAGAAGCUACCAGGAUGCAGAACAUGAACUGUUGUGCUGCAAGGUUGUCACCAGUUGAAGCUCGAGGUAGUCGUCACUUUGUGCCAUCCGUGGGCUGGAAGACCUGAGAUCAGUUCCAGAGGCGCUGGUGCGUCCUUACUUUAGUGUGAUUAUUACUGUCAUCCCUGCUAGCGGUCAGGAAAACGUAUUACCGUGUCUGUGAAGGGUCAUUACACAAUUGUCCAAAUCAGUGAGAUUGCUAUUAAAUUUGUUGUAAACAUUGUGAUAUUUCCCCUUGGGCUUUCAGCAGUAUCAUUAUUAGGACAGAUUUGUUUUUGUGUCUGAAAUUGGACGAUGAAGUCAUAUAUUUCUAAUCACCUCGGCCUUCCUCUUGUCCCGUAAUCAUGUUGCUUUUUUCAUCUACUUUUAUUCCAGGAGCAUUUUUCCCUGGAGUUUCUCAUCGGCAUCAUCCAGACACCUUUUUUCGCUUAAAAUGUGAAUUAAAAUGUGAUUUUCAUUAAACUCAGUGUUAACGUAACGCUGGCUGUUCAUGAUGCCCUGCA